CUUUUCCUUUGUAGAAUUCCACACUCUUGUUUUCCCUAGUACUCCUCUCCGUGUUCUAAAAGUUUCUCUUUUUCUAUCCAUGGAUAGUUCAGAACUUCAUGUUGCUAUACUCUCAAGCCCUGGCAUGGGUCAUUUAAUCCCAGUUCUCGUCUUAGGCAACCGAUUAGCCACACACCAUAACAUCAAAAUUACUAUUCUUGCUAUCACAACCACCUCUUCUUCAGCUGAGACCGAAUUUCUCAAGAAAUCCAAUGGGAAAACCACUAUAGAAAUAAUUCCCAUUCCUUCGGUCGAUAUUUCCCACCUAAUAGACUCCAAUACUAAAGUUUUCACUCAAUUACGACUAUUGGUCCGUGAAGCCUUGCCUGGAAUUCGUUCUGUCAUUGAUUCCAUGACUCAUCGUCCAGAUGCUCUCAUAGUCGAUAUUUUUUGCACACAAGUAUUGCCAAUAGCCGAAGAAUUUAACAUUCCCAAAUACGCGUACCAUCCUACUACUGCAUGGACAAUAUCUUUAGCUCUAUACUGCCAAGUUUUCGACAAUGAAAUUGAGGGUGAAUAUGUUGAUCUUAAAGAACCUUUGAAAAUUCCAGGUUGCAAAGCAUUACAGGUCGAUGACGUGGUGGAUCCUUUGCUGGAUCGGAACGAUCAACAGUAUGAAGAGUAUAUUAAGCUAGGAAUGGAAUAUGCAUCUUUUGAUGGAAUCUUGAUUAAUACAUGGGAAGAUUUGGAGCCUGAUACUAUCAAAGCACUUAGAAAUAAUGACAAGUUGAGAUCAGUUCUAAAGGUGCCAGAUUUUCCAAUCUACCCGAUUGGUCCCUUGAGGAGAACAGUUGAAACAACUGAACGUGACGAGGUGAUUCAAUGGUUAGACAAGCAAAAUCACGAGUCAGUUCUAUAUGUAUCUUUUGGGAGUGGUGGAACCCUAUCAUCCGAACAAAUUAUCGAGCUCGCUUGGGGUUUAGAAUUAAGCCAACAAAAAUUUGUUUGGGUUAUACGUCCACCGUGUGAUGGUGAUGCAGAUAGUGCAUAUUUUAACUCUGCCGAGAAAGACAUGCAAGAAUACUUGCCCGAGGCGUUUCUGACUAGGACAAAAGAUAUGGGAUUAGUAGUGCCUAUGUGGGCCAAACAAGUUGAAAUUUUGAGCCACUCUUCUGUCGGUGGAUUUUUGUCACAUUGUGGAUGGAAUUCGACUGUGGAGAGCUUGACGAAUGGUGUUCCAAUGAUUGCAUGGCCAUUAUAUGCUGAACAAAAAAUGAACGCUGCCAUGCUAGCGGAGGAAGUAGGGGUUGCGAUUCGACCGGCGAUUUUGCCAGCUAAGAAGGUGGUUUGGAGAGAGGAGAUAGAGGGAAUGGUGAGAAUGUUGAUGCACACAAAUGAAGGGAAGGGAAUAAGAGGAAAGGCUAAGAAAUUAAAGAUGAGCGCGGAAAAUGCACUAAAUGAAGGAGGUUCAUCUUGCAACUCCAUUUGUGAGCUUGUGAAGGAUAUUCGUAGUAGAUUGUUAUGAGUCUGUUGUUUCUUUGAGAAAUAUUUUGCUUUUGUUUCUUUCAAAUAAAUUGCCUUUUAUCUGUGGA